AUGGUGCUUGGCGCCAAUGCUGCUAGACCGCGAAACAAAACACUGGCAAUUCAGCGCUACGGCACCGCACAGGUCUACCAACACGCUAGCCAUACCACGGUAGUACAGCGACGCUUUGCCAAACUUCCAGCGCUAUAUACCCCUAAAACCAAAAACGAAGUCGCUGGCGCACAAAAUGCCGUCGCCGAACAUGCUACCCCGUCAGGUGUGACACCGUCCGGGUUGCCCAAAUUAGCUAUCGUGGACAGAAACGGCAAAAUUGGGGGUGAACCGUCGGAUGCUUCGCUCUCCCCUCCACCCACGGACAAAGAUGGUGAGAGAGGCGCGCUUCAUCGCGAGAAAGAGCAUGGCGAUGCCAAUGUUGCUGCUACUCCGGAGGGCAGCAUCUCUCCAAAAACAACACUAGGUACUCCGGAGAAUGAAACUGAAGAGGCAACCUCACGACACAAUGGCGACGGACCAAGUGCUUCCCGACUGACAACCUUGUUGUCGGAGCUACAGCCCCUGCGUUGCUCGCCAUCGGCGGAUCAAGACAGUGAGGACAGUGACGGACCACCCCGCACGCGCGAAUCUACAAUCUCAAUGCCUUCUUCGUCCACAUCACCACCGUCAGACCGUGACGUAGUAUAUGUUGGGUUUCAGCCUCUGUUCAAGACUUCGCAGAUUCGAUUGCAGCUACUGCGGGUAUGA